UUUUCCUAAUAUUUUGAUUAACCGGGAUUUUUUUUUUUUUUUUCUCUGCUAAGCAUUGAUCCAUCGGGAUUGCGGUGGCGCAGCCGUGGGAAGCGCUCUCCCCCGGGCCCUGACAACCCGCCUUUGAACCGCUGUUGUCCAAGCACGCUUACUUGCGGUUUCAAAACUUCCCUUAUUAUCUAUCCCCUUCCUGUUUUCGUAUCCCCCUCACUCACUCUCAAAACAGCUCUCGCCACCUCCCUCUGCAAAAGAAUCUCCUGUCCCUUCCUCUACCUUGUACCGACACUCCCCAUCCUCCGCUCACUUCUGUCCCCCCCCUCCCUCCAUCUCCCUCUCCCUCUUAAAUCUCUCCCCUCUGCUUUUGAGCUCACGGAGAGGAAGAAAUGGUGAUGUUCAAAGUUUCUCGCGUGGAGACCACGCCGAUCGAUGGCCAGAAACCUGGAACCUCCGGUCUCAGGAAGAAGGUUAAAGUAUUCUUGCAGCCUAAUUACCUGCACAAUUUUGUUCAGUCAACAUUCAAUGCUCUUUCCGCAGAUAAAAUCAGAGGCGCAACAAUUGUUGUUUCUGGUGACGGCCGCUAUUUUUCAAAGGAUGCCAUUCAGAUUAUUGUCAAGAUGUCUGCUGCAAAUGGAGUAAGGGGUGUUUGGAUUGGUCAAAAUGGAUUGCUUUCGACCCCUGCUGUAUCAGCUGUCAUACGUGAAAGGGUUGGGCAAGAUGGAUCAAAGGCCUCUGGGGCAUUUAUACUCACUGCAAGUCAUAAUCCAGGUGGUCCACAUGAGGAUUUUGGAAUUAAAUAUAACAUGGAAAAUGGUGGACCUGCACCGGAGGGUAUUACUGAUAAGAUCUAUGAGAACACAAAAACAAUAAAGGAGUACUUAAUUGCAGAGGAUUUACCCAAUGUGGAUAUCUCUGAAAUAGGCACUUCCAGCUUUGCUGGGCCUGAGGGACAAUUUGAUGUUGAGGUCUUUGAUUCAGCAAGUGAUUAUGUAAAACUAAUGAAGUCAAUUUUUGAUUUUCAAUUGAUCCAGAAGCUGCUUUCAUCUCCAAAUUUCACAUUCUGCUAUGAUGCACUUAAUGGAGUUGCUGGAGCCUAUGCAAAACGGAUAUUUGUGGAAGAGCUUGGUGCACAAGAAAGCUCAUUAUUGAACUGUAUACCAAAGGAGGACUUUGGUGGAGGGCAUCCAGAUCCCAAUCUGACCUAUGCAAAGGAGUUGGUUGCACGUAUGGGAUUGGGUACAUCAAACACUCAAGAUGAACCACCAGAAUUCGGUGCUGCAGCUGAUGGCGAUGCUGAUCGCAACAUGAUUCUUGGUAAAAGAUUUUUUGUUACUCCAUCAGACUCUGUUGCCAUCAUUGCUGCAAAUGCAGUUGAAGCUAUACCCUAUUUCUCUGCUGGUCUAAAGGGAGUUGCCAGGAGCAUGCCUACAUCAGCUGCCCUUGAUGUUGUAGCCAAGAAUCUGAACUUGAAGUUUUUUGAGGUGCCUACUGGCUGGAAAUUUUUUGGUAACUUAAUGGAUGCUGGAUUAUGUUCAGUUUGUGGUGAAGAAAGUUUUGGAACUGGCUCGGACCAUAUUCGUGAGAAAGAUGGAAUAUGGGCUGUUUUGGCUUGGCUAUCUAUUCUUGCUCAUAAAAACAAGUCAAACCUUGGUGGGGAAAAACUUGUGACUGUGGAAGACAUAGUUCGCCAGCAUUGGGCUGCUUAUGGUCGCCAUUAUUAUACACGAUAUGACUAUGAGAAUGUUGAUUCAGGUGCUGCCAAGGAACUAAUGGCACACUUGGUCAAACUGCAGUCAACCCUAUCUGAAGUUAAUGAGAUUAUUAAAGGAAUACAUUCAGAUGUGUCUAAUGUUGUCCAUGCUGAUGAAUUUGAGUACAAAGAUCCCGUUGAUGGUUCCAUCUCUAAGCACCAGGGCAUACGAUAUCUGUUUGGGGAUGGGUCACGAUUGGUUUUCCGCUUGUCGGGAACUGGCUCAGAAGGUGCGACCAUUCGACUCUACAUUGAGCAAUAUGAGAAGGAUUCAUCGAAGAUUGGAAGAGAUUCUCAAGAAGCACUUGCUCCUCUUGUUGAUGUUGCUCUCAAGCUUUCCAAGAUGGAGGAGUUCACUGGUCGAUCUGCACCCACUGUCAUUACAUAAAUGUUUAAUGAUACCAGCCUAAUUGCAUAUCUCGAAUAUGAACACAGAGUUGCCCUUGCAUCGCCAUACCACUGAAAGCUGUCUGGAUUUUUAUAUGCAACACUAUUGUUUGUCUUCGCUGCAGCCUUCAGUCUGGCGUGAAACAAUUCAGGCAAAAAACAUUUUGACUUAUUUUUCUAUCUAAAGAAUAAUUUGAUGAUUCCGAUAUUAAUUUUCCAUCAAAUUUUAUUCAUUGCUAUGAACCUAAACUCCCUUUAGCCAAUAAUUCAGUUGGGUCUCUUUGUCCGGGUUCAGUCUGGUCAGUUUUGAGCUACAUUUUGUAUGUAAAACAAAAAUUUGGGUUUUAGAAACUUAAAAUUGAAUUCUCUUGAUUGAAUUUAAUUGGUUUGGAUUUCAAA